AUAGUGUUCUCUUUCUACACCGUCUUCAAGAAAACAGAUGAAGGUCCAUCUUACACCAAUCCAAAAAUACUGACAAUACCGCUUUUUGUGACAUAUUUUACAAAUCUGUGUUUAAAUAUAGGCUGGACACUCUCCUUUGAUAGAGAAAGCCUGAUAGCAGCGUUCGUUUUGUUGUUCCUGAUUGCGUUCACUUUGUACAUUUGUCUGUUCUUCAGCUACAGAAGCUUUGCUGAACACUCUCCAAAAUUGGCCAAACAAGGACGAAAUUCAGAAAUUUGGUGUCACCGAGUAAUUGUUCAUAAUGCGUUUGGUAAUUAUGCCACAUGGACAACUAUUGCUACUUUGUUAAACGUGAUCAUGGUAAUGGUUUAUGUAGCUGAUCCUGGCGUAGAAAUUGAAACAGCCGGUACAGUUGCUCUUGGAAUUUUAACAGCAGAAAUCAUCAUAUUCGCUGGUACUGAUUUGAUAUUAUUGGACAAAUAUUCUAGGUACACGUUCACGCCAUAUUUGGUCGUAAUGGUUGCUCUUGGUGGAAGCAUCUCCAAAAAUUAUGAUAGUACCUAA